CGUCGUCGCACUUCCCGUUCAAGCGUGGACAGCUCCAUGACACAGUUGUUUGGGGAAAGGAACCAACCGAGUGCGUCUUCGUGAGCCUCCUGCCUCCGCCACUACAAGCCGACAUCGAGUGACAUCCUCGCGGGCUAGAGGGCAUCGCUAACCGCCGCCAUGGAGGCGGUUCCCCGCAUGCCAAUGAUAUGGCUCGAUCUGAAGGAAGCGGGAGACUUCCAGUUCAACUCGGCCGUCAGGCAGUACAUCUUGAAGAACUACAACGAGAAUCCCGACAACUACAACGAGCAGCUGAAGAAACUGGAGUCGCUGCGGCAGAGCGCCGUGAACGUGACCAGAGACUUUGAGGGAUGCAGCACGUUGAGGAAGUACUUUGGUCAGCUUCAUUACCUCCAGAGUCGCGUUCCCAUGGCAACAGGACAGGAGGCAGCUGUGGCCGUUUCAUGGACUGAGAUCUUCUCUGGUAAAACAGUGACCCAUGACGAUAUCAGCUAUGAGCAAGCGUGUAUUCUCUACAAUCUUGGCGCUCUGCAUUCCAUGUUGGGGGCCAUGGACAACCGCGUGUCUGAGGAGGGGAUGAAGGUGUCAUGCACACACUUCCAGUGUGCAGCAGGAGCUUUCUCCUACCUGAGUGACCAUUUCAGUCACAACUUCAGCGUAGACAUGAGCCACCAGAUCCUUAACCUCAACAUCAAUCUCAUGCUGGGUCAGGCUCAGGAGUGUCUUCUGGAGAAGUCCAUGCUGGACAACAGGAAGAGCUUUCUGGUGGCUCGCAUCAGUGCUCAGGUGGUGGAUUACUAUAAAGAGGCCUGCAGAGCUCUGGAGAACUCUGAGACGGCCUCCAUGCUGGGAAAGAUUCAGAAGGACUGGAAGAAGUUGGUCCAGAUGAAGAUCUACUACUUUGCCUCAAUCGCUCACUUCCACAUGGGCAAACAAUCGGAGGAGCAGCAAAAGUUUGGCGAGCAGCUGGCCUACCUUCAAUGCGCUUUGGACAAACUGUCUGAGGCAAUCAAGUUGGCCAAGGGUCAGCCUGACAGUGUGCAGGAGGCCUUGCAUUUCACCAUGGAUGUCAUUGGUGGCAAAUACAACUCUGCCAAAAAGGACAAUGACUUCAUCUAUCACGAGAUCGUUCCUUCUCAUGAAUCGUUGACAAUCGUCAAAGGCGCCCCUCUGGUCAAAGCUCUACCUGUCAACCCCACGGACCCGAGUGUCACCGGACCGGACCUCUUCGCCAAGCUGGUGCCGAUGGCAGCCCAUGAAGCCGCCUCCCUCUACAGCGAGGAGAAAGCCAAAAUGCUGAGAGACAUCAUGGCCAAGAUCGAAAGCAAGAGUGACACACUGGAGCAGUUCAUGGACUCCUUGGGGGUGGAGGCUGAGUCUGUAGACAACCUGGACAUGUACAGCCACAUUCCGCCCGUCCUGAUGGAGAAGUGCGCAGCUCUUAGUGUGCGACCUGACACCGUCAAGAGUCUUGUCCAGUCCAUGCAAGUCCUCUCGGGCAUCUUCACCGAAGUCGAAUCGUCCCUGCGAGAGAUCCGAGACGUUCUGGAAUCCGAUGAGGCCGGCGAACGGACUCUGCCCGAAUCCGUUGCCCCUGGCGAGGUCCACCCGACGGACCACGCUCAGGUUCUGGCAGAGUUCCAAAGGGACCUGGAGAAAUACAUGGAGGCCCACGAGAAGGCCAGCUUCACCAACACUGAGCUCCACCGGGCCAUGAAUCUGCACAUCAGCAACCUACGUCUGCUGGGCGGACCACUGGAGACCCUGAGAGACACCCUGCCCCGCCCACAACUUAGCGAAGAGGACAUGGCCGGGCUGCAGUGCAUGAAGCGCAUCUUGGGGAAGGUUCAGGAAAUGAAGGACCAGAGAGUCAAUUUGGAGAAACAACUACGGGAGCUCAUUGAACAGGAUGACAUCACUUCCACCCUGGUCACCACUGAGAAAGCCGACACUAGGGACGUGUUUGAGGAGCAGCUGAAGAAGUACGAGCCGGUGAAGGUCUACAUUGAGCAGAAUCUGGCAGCCCAAGAGAACAUCCUGAAGGCUCUGACCGAGACCUACGUUCAGUACGCAUCGGUCCGCAAGAGCCUGAGCGAGACGGAGCAGCAGUUGACCGGCACGGUCCAGGGCCUGGUGGGCUCCUACGAGGCCUACGAGGACCUGAUGAAGAAGUCGCAGGAGGGAAAGGAGUUCUACGACGACUUGGAAGCCAAAGCGUCACGUCUGUUGGAGAGAGUAAAGACUUUGUGUCAGAGCAGGAUGGAGGAAAGGCAGCACUUCCUUGACCGCCACAAGAAGCCUCCAGCGAGACCUACAGCAGCAAAGCCUUCCUUGAAGCCAAAAUCUCAAGACGAAGACUCCUCCAGUCUGGAGGAUCCAGAGUUAGCCCAAAUUAACGCCGCUAUCUUGGCCUUAUCAGAAGACAAGCCAGGGGAGCUUCGCAGCCUCCCACCAGACAUUCCUUCUCUUCCCACCUCUGCGCUUCAUCAGCCGCGUCCAGAAGCGUUCCUCCCUCCGGGUGCCAGCAGCGGCUCAUUGCCUUGGCCCGGUCCCUCAGCUGCCGGGCAUCCUCGAUUCCCGGCCCAUCUCCCGUCACCGGAACUUCUGGCUCGGAUCGCGCAUUUUCCAACAUCUGGCACCUUGCCAGUACCAGGACCUUUGGCAUGCAGACCUAUUCCUCACAUGGCCCCCCAGAUGCCCCCACAACAGGCGGCUUACAGGCCUCAAGUUGGUCAUGCCCCAGUCCGCCCUUCAACCACAACUGUGGACACCAUUCAGACACCCAUACCCAGCUACGCUCCGACGCCUCACUACCCUGUCCCACCCUCAGUUUCUCCUGCUUACACGGGGUCCCCUAUCCCACCUUCAGUUUCUACUGGCUACACGGCCUCCCCCAUCCCACCCUCAGUUGCCCCACAGAUGGGUGCAACUGCCUACCCCCAAUGUGGGCCUCAAAUGACACAACAGAAGCAGUUUCCGAAUCAGUACCCACUCCCCAUGGGCCAACCCUUGCCCUCAGGCUACCAAACUGGACCGAGAUCACUCCCUACCCCUCACCCUCAACUGCAGGCCUACCCCCAUGGAUACAUGCAGGCGGGAGCCCCUCCUCACCUUGGCCCCCCUUCCCAGCCGGGAGCACAGUUUGGGGCCCCACCACAGUCGGUGGCUCUUUCGCAGCUUGGCCACCGUCCGCAGCUUGUCCGCCCACCACAGUUUGGCGGCCCUCCGCAGCCUGGCCCCCCUCCACAGCUUGGCGCCCCUCUGAGGCCUGCCACUCCUCUGCAUCCUGCCGCCUCACCACAGUACCCACAAGUGUUCCCAGGUCCGAGGCAGCAAAACGGCUACUCGGCUCCCCCACAGAUGCCCCAAGGCUACCAAGCCCCUCAGAACUACGCCCCCCAGCAGCACCCUCAGCUGAUACCAGGCCCCAUGCCAACUCGGGGCCCCAUGCCUGCGCAAAAUGCUCCUCUCCAACUCCCCCCAACAUCUCAGACUGUACCGCCUGUUUCUCAAGCUUACCUUCCGCACCAACACCUCCCAAUGCAUCCCGGCGGCGCCCAGCAACUUGGACCCCAUCCACAAAUGACAAGUGGCCCCGCGGGGCCGAUGCCUCCUAGCAGCCAGACAGUCCAUCCCCAACAUCACCCACAGAUGCCUUCUGCUUCACAACCUCAUCUGCUUCCUGGUGCUCAGGUCCACCAUCCUAGGGCUCCCAUAGGCCACAUGUCCCCCGUCUCUAUUGCCCCGCAGCAGCAGCAGCAGCACCCCCACCCCGGACAUCCUCCCAUUCCAAACAUGCCUCAGCCGCCCAUGACCAUGCCCAAUCACACCCAUGUCCAAGGCCACCAAACUGGGAGUGUUUGCUUUCCCGGAGGGGCCCCCAUGAUCCCUCAACAGCCUCUGGCAAUGCAGUCCGUCGGCCCCCAACAGCCUCAGCCCUCUCUUGGCGUGGCCCACUCACAGCCUUCUAUGUACCCAUCAGGUCCAGGAGCUAACGUGCCCACAAGUGCCCCACUGACAUCACCUGCUCUUGGCCCACAUGGUCUCCAUCCUCACAUGGCCCCCCAGCACAUACUCCACCCCUCUCCUGGAGGUCCUCCCAUUGGACAACCAGCUCAUACUCCCUCCCAAUCGCCUGCACAAGCUACAUCCCCCACACCUCCUGUGGUUCUGACACCCCAGCAGAGACCCAGUGUUUCCCCCAAUAUGGGGAGCACACUUCCGCCAACUCUUCCGGCUCCCUCGGCUCUCUCUCCUCCAUCUGCUGCUCUGUUCCAGCUUCAGAACUCCAGCAGCCACGACCUCCUUUCCUCCAGUCCUGAGAGCCAACUGGGAGGCACAAAAUCCCCCACCAAUGUCCUCCAGCCCACUAAAGCAGACCCACAAGAAGGGGAGCGUCGCAAGAAAGACUUCCAGGGAGUUCUUCUGAUCCAAGGCGAUCCGUACGAAUCUCCAGAGCUCGUCGCCCGCCUCAACACUGAAUUGGACGAUUUCCGAGCACAGGCCGAGUCACUGGAGGAGCCUUCGAGCGGUGAGAAGGGGAUGUCAGUGCUGGACGUGUACUGGAAAGAUCUCCAGGAGCAGCAGGAGAGGGACGCCCGGCAGCUGUCCAUCGCCAUCGCCCGCUGCUACACCAUGAAGAACCGGCACCAGGAUGUCAUGCCCUACGAUCUCAACCGUGUGCUGCUCAAGUCGGGCAAAGACGAUUACAUCAACGCCAGCUACAUCAAAGACUUGUCGCCAUUUUGCCCCCAAAUCAUUGCCACACAGGCGCCACUCACCGGCACCGCCGCCGACUUCUGGUUAAUGGUCUACGAGCAGAAGGUCUCCUUGGUGGUCAUGCUGGUGUCGGAGCAGGAAGUGGACAAGGGAAAAGUGGUGCGCUACUUUCCGACGGAGCGCGGCCAGCAGAUGUCUCAUGGUCCCAUCAAGCUCAGCCUGACCACACACAAGACCACGGCCACUCAUGUGGAGCGCAUGAUCAGCCUGCAGUACAAUGAGCAGAGCCUGAAGCGCACCGUGGUCCACCUGCAGUUUACUUCAUGGCCAGAGCUGGGGCUUCCUGAAAGCAUGAGCAAUCUGCUGCACUUUGUUCGGGAGGUCCAUGGACACUACCUGCACCAGAGACCCAUGCACAUGCCCGUGGUGGUCCACUGUAGCUCUGGCGUGGGUCGCACUGGGGCCUUCUGUCUGCUGUAUGCGGCGCUGAAGGAACUGGAGGCGGGGAACGGCAUUGCCGACCUGCGGACCCUCGUCAUGAAGAUGCGGCAGCAGAGAAAGAACAUGCUGCAGGAGAAGCUGCACCUCAAGUUCUGCUACGAGGCUGUAUCGUGGCACGCGGAGCAGAUCUUGCUACAGCACGGUGUCUCCGUGGUCAACUUCAGCAAGAACGCCGCCGCGACCAAUUCCAAGUCGUAUUCCCGCCAGGAGUCCCAGCAGGACUUGGUUCUGGGUGCUGACAUGUCUAUCAGCUCCAUCCAGGCCACCAUCGCCAAGCUCAGUGUACCACCCCCGGGUGACCUGGUCUCAGGGGACCUGAUCCUAGAUGAUGAUGAUGAUGAUCCACCCCUCUCUCUUUCGCCACCCAUCCACUUACCAAAUGACCCCAGCCCCUCUCUGGAACUUACUUUCCCGGGGUCACCCUCUGCCUGCUCAGAGUCGCCCCCUGCCGCUCUCUCCCCUACGGCGCCGAACGGCCUGGUUGCGGCAUCACCGCCACCCGAGACGCCGGCCACCCCGCCGCCAACCUCUUCUUUGGAGCUGCUGGCCUCACUGGCCCCUGAGGCCUUCUCCAUGGAGGGUGGCGGCGGUGGGGGGACCAAACGUGUGACCAAGCAGAGCUUCCUGCAGCCAGUGGAAGGCCAGGGGCUCCAUGGUACCAGGAGCGUCGAAAGCACCGACCCCCUCAGCGGUUUAGACCCCCUCUGGAGCCUCAACAAAACCGAAAGCAAAUAACUAAAAACAUCUCAGCAUGCAUCACUAUCCACUUGGUGGCACUUUGUUAAGGUGACCAAUCAUCCAAUUUAUGUUUGUAAAUAUUUUAAUGUUUCACUAAUUGUCAACAAUUAAACAAACUGAGUUAGACAUCAUGCCGCAUCAAACCUACUUAAAAAUUGCGUACCAAGUCUUAUGAGAUAAUAAUUUAUGUCAGACCAGAGGGAUGAGGUGGGCGGAGUUUCGGCCGCUUGUUUUUUGAAGCAAUUUUUGAGCACAACUAAGCAGGGCGCACGUAUAGCUUUUGUAUUUUGCAAGUAUAACACAGUAAACACACCUGUGCUUUUGAUCUGAGUACGACUUUGUUGCACUCUUGGAUCUCGCUAGCGCUAUUUAAGUUGCACUUGAGCAAGUAAAUAAAGAAAUCGCAUUGUAUUAUCA